AUGAAGAUGUUGGCAAACCUCUCGUUGAGGCUAUCGAGCUCCUCUUCCUUGGUGCUUCCAUUUCCAAUCCAAACCUUAUUCAAUCAGCACCUCACUUCAAACCUUAAAACCUUAUUAUUAUCAUCAUCUUCUCCUAAUGAUUGCGUGAUCACCGUGUCCUUUCUAGCUCAUGCACUCGAUGCUUUAGUGGCCACCCAAAAGCUCGCCCACCAAUCUCUGCCCACAUCCUCCACCUUUGCCCAGCCGUCGGAUCGCGAAGCCAUCGAACGGUAUCUGGAGGAGAACAGCAUUGAUCUGUUGGAUGCCUGCAAUGAGUUGGGGGACAAGCUGGACAACGUUUGCGAGUACGUGAAAUCUUUGAGGUUGGCUCUUCACUGCCUCGAAGCUCCUACUUCAAUCGCGGUUGCGCGUGCCAACAAACUGUUACUGGGAAGAGAAAGCGGCUGCAAAAUGACAAACUCUACAAUUUCCUCGCUUAUUCCAAGUUUCAAGAGAAUUGUUCAACAUCAGCGUAUGAACUCGAGAGCAACGAAAAACAAAUACGUCGUAAGAUCCGAGUUAGAGGAGAUUUUGGAUGGAUCGUCAUUGGUUACUUCAACAAUAUUUGAAAUUCUCGACAGUGCACUGUCAUUCAAGUUAAAACAUCGGAAUGGGCAUAACACGACAGUACAGAUCAGUCGAGCGGCAACCCCGUAUUCCUCGUACCACUCGUGGCUGUCUUUGUUGCAAGAGUUAAGAAACAACCUCAAGAAAGAGACUAAGAAGAGUUUGCAGGUCCGGGAGCUACAAAACACAGUGUGGUUAGCUCAGGAAUUACGCCAAGAAUUGAUGAGAUCUCAAGACUGUAGUAAGCUUAGGGUGAGAGUAGAAGAAUUGAAGAGGAGUUGCGAUGAAUUGGAAAAUGGGCUUAAACCCUUACAGGGAAAAGUAAAGGAGGUGUAUAGAUAUUUGAUUUGUGUUAGAAUGGCGUUGCUGGAAAAGCUCUCUUCCAUGGCCUAA